UCAAACAUCUGCGGAGACUCACUCACUGCAGUAUUACUUCAUGGUUUCCACUUCAAGUCAGCAUAUCCCAGAGUUCAUUGCUGUUGGCAUGGUGGAUGAACAGCAGUUUCAGUACUAUGACAGCAACAACAGAAAUCUAACCCUGAAGAUGGAGUGGGUAAAGAAAGAAGAAUGUUCAGACUACCGGAAGAAGCAAAAUCUUGAGAUGAACGAUACACAGCAACACCUCAACACCAUCCUGACUUUCAACAACUCUACAGGAAUUCACACACUGCUGAGGAGAUACGGCUGUAAGAUCUAUGAUAACGACACCACUGAAGAAUAUGAGAAGUACAUUUUUGAUGGAGAAGAUUUCAUCAGUUUGGAUCUGAAAACUGGAACCUGGACUCCAUCUAAUGAUUGUGCUAACACUAUUAUUACCAAACUCAAAUUAAAAGAAAAUAUUGGGUCCCGAAAGUCCUACCUGAAGAACGUCUGUAUCGACAGGCUGAAGGAGUUUUCAUCUUAUGCCAAAUCAACUCUGGAAAGGAAAGUUCGUCCUGAAGCCUCCGUGUUCCACAAGCACUUCCCUCGACCAGAGCUGGUGUGUCACGCUACAGGUUUCUUCCCCAAAGAAAUAAAUAUCACCUGGCUGAAGGAUGGAAAGAAAAUGGAUGUGAGCCCCAAUGACACGUUACCCAACCAGGAUGGAAGCUUCCAGAAGAGAGCCGUUUUUAGAGUCUCACCUGAGGAGCUGAAGGAACACAAAUACACCUGUGUGGUUCAGCACAGCAGCCUGAAGAAGGACUUAGUGCUUAAAGCUUCAGGUGGAGGAUCUCUUGGUAUCAUCGUUGGUGCAGCUGUGACUGCUGUUCUGGUUGCUCUGAUUGCUGGAGUUCUGAUCUGGAGGAAGAAGAAGAAGGCUGGAUUCAGUGCUGUUCCACCUCAACCAACCGGCCAACCAGUGUAAGGAAGUUUGGAAGAAAAAAUGAGAAAACAGAAACACACAAGAUGAGGCUGGUUCAGUGCUGUUAAGUAGAAUGAUUUCUGGCAGUUUCAGAUAACUAAGCUGCAACUGUCGGGGAAAUUGGAAGAAAAAAGAACCAGACUGGUGAUCAGAUGGUUGCUGGUCGAAGCCUCACCACAGCCAAGUUGAUGCUGUUGGGCCCUUGAGUGAGGCCCUUAACACUUGAUUGCUUGAUUAAGUUAUUUUUGAUAAAUGCAACUGUUAAAUGUCAU